AUGGCUACCGGUGCCCCAGGUGGAAAUUUCAGAACAUGGACCCCAACACCUCCAGAAAGAGGUUCCUUCCCUCUCGACCAUGACGGGGAAUGUAAAGAACAAAUGAUGAAAUAUCUUCAAUGUAUGAAGUUUACAGAAAAUAAGAAUGCUCCAAAUUGUCGUAUAUUAGCAAAAGGAUAUUUGAAAUGUAGGAUGGAUCAUCAAUUAAUGGAUGAGUCUGAUUGGGAUUCUUUGGGAUUGGUGAAUUUGCCAGGGGAAAGAGAUGUUGCUCCUGAGCUGUUAAUAAACCGAAGUACAUCUAAAAAAGAGACGCAGAGUACUGAUAAGGUGUCGUCAAAUCCCUAA